AUGGCGGCAGCUGCUUCAACAUGUCCCUUUGGCAGCGACAAUCAAUUUGGCCCUCGAGUCAACGUAGCUUGUCGCUUGUUCGAUUUCACUCUCCUAUUUGAAGAUGCCUUCUUUGGUAUUUUGCCUGCUGCGCUGUUUCUAUUACUUCUGGCCUCGAGGCUGCAGUAUCUUCGAACUGCACCUGUUAAAUUGGCAUCUUACAAACUAGCAGUUUACAAAUUGGGCCUUCUGGCGCUACUUUUUGUUCUCCAGGUCGUAUAUACUGCAGUGCAAUUGCGGACAGCCUCGCUCCAUACUCAACUCUCAACAACGUCUGGAGUUCUCAAUAUCCUUGCAAUCUUUGCUGCUGCCCUUCUCUCCUUUAUGGAAGACCAGCGCUCCGUCAAACCGUCUGAUCUCAUCGUUAUCUACUUUUCAGUCUCUAGUAUUCUAUCCAUAGCUCGACUCCGUUCGUUAUGGCUCAUUUCAUCUGCUCCAGCAUGCCGGGGAUUAUGGACAGCUGUCUAUAUACUGACCGUGCUAACUCUACUUCUGGAGUCGGUGACCAAAACCAGGCUCUUACGCCCUGUAUACCGCAGCCUCACCAACGAACAAUUGAUUGGGUUCUGGGGCCGAAGCUUCUUUGUAUGGGUUCUACCCAUCUUCCGUACAGGAUAUUCCAAAGUCUUUGAAGUCGAAGAUCUUCCCAAUGUCGAUGAAACUCUUCAAGGAUCUUCGGCAGAGAAGAAACUGCAAGCUAGCUGGAACCAGACUAAAGGUCCUCGUCGAUUACUCAAGGCUACGAUUGAUGCAUACAUGUGGCCUUUGGUAUCUGGAAUCGGACCACGGCUAUGCGUUACCGUGUUCACCUUCUGCCAACCCUUUCUGAUCAACGCUACCGUGAACUUCAUGGCUACGACAACCACAACCCCCGAGACCAAGAGCUACGGCCAGGCACUAGUGGGCGCUUAUGCGCUGGUUUAUCUGGGACUUACUAUUUCAACGGCAGUCUACUGGCGUCAGACAUUUCGUCUCGCUACAAUGAUACGGGCCGGCCUCAUCUCAAUGAUCUAUCGACAAACAAGCCUUCUCAAAUCCAGCAGCAUGAGGGGAAAUGAAGCUAUUACCCUCCACGGGACUGAUGUGGAAGUGAUAGUUACUAGCGUCAAAGUAAUCCAUGAAGCAUGGGUUUCACUCCUGGAGGUUGGGGUUGCACUUUGGCUCCUGGAGCGUCAAAUCUUCGCCGCUUGCGUUGUCCCUGCUAUCAUUUGUAUUGUAUGCGUCAUAGCAGCAGGACCGUUGUCGACCCUGUCCGUCGGUGCCCAAAAGGCGUGGGUUGAACAAAUUGAGAAGCGGUUAGCAGUCACGUCCACCGUGCUGGGUGAUAUGAAAGCCGUGAAGAUGCUCGGCCUGACCGACUUGGUAUUUUCAAUCAUCUCAGCGCUACGAAAAGUCGAAUUGAAGACAUCGACAAAGUUGCGCAAAUUGAUCUUGCUCCAGGUUUCCAUUUCAAACGUGCCUAUCGACCUUGCUCCAUUUGCGACCUUUGUCGUCUACGCCAUUAUAGCAGCCGUGAAGAAGGACGAAACCCUCCUGGCUUCCCGAGCAUUUACCGCUCUAUCAUUAAUAUCGAUCUUGACGAGUCCCUUGCUCACGUUUAUCCAGUCGCUGCCCAGUUUAGUACGAGCAUUGGGUUGUUUUCAAAGAAUUGAGGAGUAUUGCCUUAUUGAACCAGCCGUGGUGUCGGAUGAUCAGGACACUACGCUUCCUCUCCCUGGUUCCCGAACAAAUGAUGUCGAAUUUUCCAUUCGCAAUAUAGGUGUAAAUGAUGAUACCUGCCUGUUCAAAUUCAGGAAUGCCAAUAUAUCAUGGUCUCCUGAAACUGAAACUGUAUUAGAAAACUUACGCCUUGAUAUUGGAAAUGGAAUCACCAUCAUUAUUGGGCCCGUGGGAUCUGGCAAGUCAGCCUUGCUCGAAAGUAUCAUUGGCGAGACACACUUGAAGGACGGAACAACCACAAAGCCUUUGACUCGUGUGGCGUACUGCUCUCAAAACCCCUGGAUUAUCAACAACACAAUCAAAUUCAACAUCACAAAUGGGUCAGAGCACAUCGAUCAGAAAUGGUACGAUUUCACCAUCUGGGCUUGCGCUCUUGAGGAGGAUCUGAAGUCGAUCCCUGGGGGUGACCAGUUCCAGACUGGAAGUAAUGGUGUUUCUCUCAGCGGCGGGCAGAAGCAGAGAGUGGCACUUGCACGCGCCGUGUAUUCCAGACUCCCGAUUGUGAUUCUGGAUGAUGUGUUCAGUGGACUGGACUCGCACAGCACUAUGCUCAUAUCUACUCGACUCUUUGACCAGGACGGUCACUUCCGUAAGACAGGAACGUCAGUAGUUCUUGCAACGCACACCCAACGGAUGCUGCCAUAUGCAGAUAGGAUAAUCGCUCUGAAUAAUGGAUUCGUUGUAAACGAUGGACCAUAUCAGAAAAUCCUCGCCGAAACCCCUGAAAUAGCCGCAAAAUCCAUGAUAUCAAGCAUCAAACCAUCAAUUUCAUCCGAGGAUGGCCAUUCUGAGAUUGAGAAAGAUAGCUUAGGGAGGAAAGCGACAAAGACUGGCAUCAAUGGUUCUGAGGAAGCACUAGUCAUCAAGAAACAGGACCUAUCGAGACGUAAUGGUACCUGGGAUGUCUACAAAUACUAUGUCAAAAGUGCUGGAUACAAGACAACAGGCCUAUUCAUUUUCAGUAUUUUGGUCUCGGCAUUUUUCAGUAGUUUUGCUAUUCUUUGGCUUCAAUGGUGGUCAGAUGCCAAUGAGACUCAACCAAAUGGAAGACUGGGGUAUUAUCUUGGAGUUUAUGCAGCAAUAUUUGUGCUUAACUUUAUGGGGCUUGUAUCUGCGUGCCAGUUGCUCUUCGUCAAUAUAAUCAAUAAUACAGGUUCGGGAAUGCAUUCUGAUCUUCUACGUGCAACGCUUGGUGCGCCAUUCAGCUUUUUCCUGAAAACAGACACAGGGACAACCACCAAUCGAUUUAGCCAGGACAUCAACCUCAUCGAUAUGGAUCUGCCUAUCGCAUCCAUCAAUUUUGCAGCAAAUCUAUCAAUGUCAAUAUUCAGCUUAGCCAUCCUAUGUAUCGCCGGAAAAUACCUCGCCAUCACUGUUCCAUUUUUGGGGCUGGCCGUAUUCUUCUUGCAGCUCUACUAUCUCCGCACAUCGCGUCAGGUUCGAUUAUUAGACAUCGAAGCCAAAUCACCGCUCUAUACGCACUUUAUCGAGACAAUCGGCGGCAUCGCGACCGUACGCGCCUACGGCUGGGAAUCUAUAUUUCAAGAUGAAUGCGAGCAGAAGCUCAACCAGUCUCAGAAGCCGUUUUAUAUGCUCAUGUGUAUCCAGAUAUGGCUAACUCUUGUCUUAGAUCUGAUCGUGGGGAUCAUGGCGGUCAUUCUGAUGGCAACUACAACAUCGCUAAAGGAUAAUUUCAGCCCUGGAUCUGUGGGUGUUGGGCUCAAUCUGGUUUUGUUGUUUGGUUUGUCUCUUAAGAAUUGUAUUCGGUCGUGGACGCAGUUGGAGACCUCCAUUGGAGCGGUCUCGCGCGUGAAGAGUUUUGUGGCUGAUACACCCUCUGAGAAUCGUCACUUGGGUACUACUGAAUGGAUCCCUCCGCAGGAAUGGCCGUCUCAGGGUGCCAUUAUAUUUGAAGAAGUAACUGCAACUCACAGCGACGACUCUCCCCCUAUCCUCAAAAACCUUUCCCUCAAGAUCAACGCCGGCGAAAAAGUUGCCAUCUGCGGCCCUUCCGGCAGCGGAAAGACUUCCCUAGUAAUGGCUCUCCUUCAGAUGAUCAAUCUGCAAUCCGGCCGCAUAGAAAUCGACAGUAGAGAUCUAUCAGCAAUCGAAUGUGCAGAUCUCCGCACACGAAUCAAUGUCAUUCCGCAAGAACCUUUCUUCAUGCCGGGAACUGUGAGGUUUAAUAUGGAUCCCAGUGAAAACAAGGUGUCUGAUGAAACGAUAGAGGCGGCUCUUGCGAAGGUCGGGCUGUGGAAACGGAUCAGUGCUAAUGGGGGACUAGAAAUGGCGCUUGUGAUGUCGGACUGGUCAGUUGGCGAGAGACAAUUGUUGGCUCUUGCAAGGGCUUUGACGAUGAAGAGCUCAAUUUUGGUGUUGGAUGAAGUGACGAGCAGUGUUGACUGGGAAACUGAAGCUAUCAUGCAAGAUGUUAUUGAGAAGGAAUUCUCCACGCAGACGGUUAUUGCAGUCGUUCAUCGAUUUAGGUAUAUCGAUCGGUUUGACCGGGUUGUGCUGUUGAACAAGGGGGAAUUGGUUGAAUCGGAUAGUCCGAAGAAGCUCCUUGAGAGUGACUCGGAGUUUAAAGCUCUCUAUAUGGCUCUUCAGAAGCCUCGUUGA